AUGACGCUGCCGGGAAGCGGCCACACCACUCCGUCUCCUCCGGCGUCUCCUCGCCGUUCUCCUCGUUACCGUCACGGCCGGUCAAAAGCUGCCGGUCGAUUUCCUACCGUUCAGCCAAGCCGGACCCUCGCUCAUCGCCUCUCCUGGAUCCUCUUAUCGGUUCUCCUCCGGCGUCAGGGGAUAUUCCUGUUCGCUCCCCUAAUCUAUAUCUCCUGUAUGCUGCUUUACAUGGGCACCGUUUCGUUCGAUGUUGGUCCCAUCAUCCGGCAUCGGGCUCCGCCAGGAUCCGUCUAUAAAAGCCCGCAGGUUUACGCCAAGCUCCGCCCUGAGAUGGACGCCGAUAAUUCCACAGCUGAUGCGAUAUCAACCAUUUGGAAACAUUCCUAUAAAGGUGGGGAGUGGAAGCCGUACGUGAACAAGUCUACUGGAGCCUUGCCCGAUUCAAACGGUUUCAUAUAUGUCGAGGCAAAUGGAGGCUUGAAUCAGCAGCGGACAUCGAUAUGCAAUGCGGUUGCUGUGGCAGGCUAUCUAAAUGCAACUCUAGUAAUUCCCAACUUCCACUAUCACAGCAUAUGGAGAGAUCCAAGUAAAUUUGGGGACAUCUACGAUGAAGAGUUCUUUGUCAGUACCUUAGCAAAUGAUGUGCGGGUGGUUGAUACAAUUCCUGAAUAUCUAAUGGAGCGUUUUGACUAUAACAUGACAAAUGUCUACAACUUCAGAGUUAAAGCGUGGUCACCUAUUCAAUAUUAUCGUGACUCGAUCUUGCCGAAGCUACUUGAGGAGAAGAUUAUACGAAUAUCCCCAUUUGCGAAUAGACUUUCGUUUGAUGCGCCUCAACCUGUCCAGAGACUUAGGUGUUUGGCGAAUUACGAAGCCUUGAAGUUUUCGAAACCCAUACUGACCUUAGGAGAAACAUUGGUGAAGAGAAUGAAGGACCAAAGUGCAGACCACGGCGCGAAGUACGUAUCUGUACAUCUGCGUUUUGAAGAGGACAUGGUGGCUUUCUCCUGUUGUGUAUUUGAUGGUGGCAACCAAGAAAAACAAGAUAUGAUUGCAGCAAGAGAACGAGGAUGGAAAGGAAAGUUUACAAAGCCAGGCCGUGUUAUUCGACCUGGUGCUAUUAGGCAAAAUGGAAAAUGCCCGUUAACUCCUUUAGAGGUGGGUUUAAUGCUUAGAGGAAUGGGAUUCAACAAAAGCACAUAUAUUUACCUUGCAUCUGGUCAGAUAUAUAAUGCGAAUAGAACUAUGGCGCCGCUACUAGAGAUGUUCCCGAAUUUACAAACUAAGGAGAUGAUUGCAUCAGAGGAGGAACUUGCUCCAUAUAAGAACUUCUCUUCCAGAAUGGCUGCAAUAGAUUACACGGUCUGUCUCCACAGUGAGGUAUUUGUGACCACACAAGGUGGAAACUUUCCUCAUUUCCUCAUGGGUCAUCGGAGAUAUUUGUUCGGAGGACAUUCCAAAACAAUUAGACCGGACAAGCGAAAGUUAGCAAUCCUCUUUGACAAUCCCAACAUCGGAUGGCGGACUUUUAAACGUCAGAUGCUAAACAUGAGGUCUCAUAGUGACUCAAAGGGGUUUGAGCUAAAACGACCUAAUGACUCCAUUUACACAUUCCCUUGCCCUGACUGUAUGUCCCGUAGGAACAAAACAACAACCCCAGAUUCAAGACCGCCUCAUGCCACAUAA